CAAAAAGUUAGACCUCAGUGUGGUGCGCCUGUGUACCUUGUGCCUUUUUUUUUAUUAUCAGCAAGCAGAGUUAAGGAUCCUUGCCAGAUUUGGAGCUCAUCUGAAAUACAUUAAAACCCCUGGAGAAGAACGAUCCUGUGUAAUCUACUGAGGGGUUCCUAUUUGCUGUCAGAAGUACACCCAUACAUGUAACAGCAGCUCCUGCAAGACACUGACUGUUUUUGUCUCAAGUCAAAAUAUUUUCCAAGCUCCAGAGGGCAAGACUGAAGAGAGACAGAGAACAAGCUGCUUGAAGAAGUCUACCUCCUCCAUAAUAACUUGGCACUAUAAGUUAUCAGUGUGGCAACUGUUUCCAAAGGGGAAGAUCCAGAUUUCAAACGAAACAUCAGCCCUAUCGUUUUUUCUCGGUGUGUGCAGAGGAGGUUUCAAGGACAAGUGAGCAGUGUUCACAUAAAUACAGGAAACAUCUGAAGGUCUAGGCCAGAGGAAACACAGCUUCAAACAACUGUGACACAACUUUGACAUUGAAUUUUCAUAAGAAGCUCCCAAUCAUCUUGUUAGUCAAUCAACAUGUCACGCUGGGGGCGAAAAAAUGUGAAGAAGGCGCCUGAGGUUAUCCGCACUGUGACAGAGGGGCUCAAGUCCCUGUACCGUAAGAAGCUGCUGCCUCUGGAGCAGUUUUAUGGUUUCCAUGACUUCCAUUCUCCCAGUCUGGAGGAUGCAGACUUUGAUAACAAGCCGAUGGUGCUGGUGGUGGGACAGUACUCCACUGGAAAGACAACAUUCAUCAAGUAUCUACUGGAGCAUGAAAUUCCUGGGAGCAGGGUGGGACCUGAACCCACCACAGACUGCUUCACUGCCAUCAUGCACGGGGAGGUUGAGUCACUCAUCCCUGGAAACGCCCUUAUCGUAGACCCCAACAAGCCUUUCCGCAAACUCAACCCGUUUGGAAACACCUUCCUCAACAGGUUCCAGUGCGCCCAGAUUCCCAACCAGGUCCUGGAGAGUAUAAGCAUUAUUGACACACCGGGGAUCUUAUCCGGGGCCAAGCAGAGAGUGAGCCGAGGUGAGGGAGGUCACAAAGGCUACGACUUCCCAGCUGUGCUGCGCUGGUUCGCCGAGCGCGUAGACCGUAUCAUCCUGCUCUUUGAUGCACAUAAACUUGAGAUAUCAGACGAGUUCUCUGAGGCCAUCGGCGCCCUGAAGGGCAAUGAGGACAAGCUGCGUGUGGUCCUCAACAAGGCAGACAUGGUCGGCACUCAGCAGCUGAUGAGAGUGUAUGGUGCGCUCAUGUGGUCUCUGGGGAAGGUGUUUGGCACCCCGGAGGUUCUGAGAGUGUACAUUGGCUCCUUCUGGUCAGAGCCGCUGAUGGUUGCUGAUAAUCGUAAGCUGUUUGAACUGGAGGAGGAGGAUCUGUUCGCUGACAUCCAAAACCUUCCUCGCAACGCAGCUUUACGCAAGCUCAAUGACCUGGUGAAGAGGGCGCGUCUGGUUAGGGUCCAUGCCCACAUCAUCAGCUAUCUGAAGCAGGAGAUGCCUUCUGUGUUCAGGAAAGACAAUAAAAAGAAGAAUCUAAUCUACCAGCUGCCAGUUAUUUUCUCAAAGAUCCAGCUGCAGCACAACAUCUCUGCUGGAGACUUCCCAGACUGUGCUAAAAUGCAGGAACAACUGAUGGUUCACGACUUCACCAAGUUCAAAACCUUGAAGCCGAACCUGAUGGCAGCCCUGGAUGAGCUGCUCUCCUCUGAUAUUGCCAAACUGAUGCCCCUCCUGCGGCAGGAAGAGCUGGAAGCAGGUGAGCAACCGGGCGUGCAGGGUGGGGCCUUCUUGGGGAACCGCGCCGGGCCUUUCUCCGAGGGUGACCCCUUCGCCGAAGAAAACGGAGAGGGGUGCGAGGAGGAGGAAGGAGGCUGGGUGGUGACCAAAGACAAGCCCAAAUAUGACGAAAUCUUCUAUAACCUCGCUCCCAAUGAGGGGAAACUGAGUGGCAACAAGGCGAAGGACUGGAUGGUGAGCUCUCGCUUGCCUAACUCGGUGCUGGGUCGCAUCUGGAAGCUGUCAGACGUGGAUCGUGACGGCAUGCUUGAUGAUGAAGAAUUCGCCUUGGCCAGCCAUCUGAUUGAGGUCAAGCUGGAGGGGCAUGGUCUACCCCCUGAGCUCCCCAAUCAUCUGAUCCCACCAUCCAAACGCAGGCAGAAGGGCUCUGAUGCGUAGACAAGUCCCCCUUGGAGAUGAGAGAGACUUCUCUAUUGGCUGUCACACUUCAGCUACUGUUUGUAUUUGCUCUUGUUUUUCUCCUCCCAGACCUGUAUCAAAAGAUUAUAUAAGAUGUGUUCAACUUAUAUUUCUGAGACCCAAUUUUGGUCUUGCACAAUGGAACAUAUUGUAACGAAUGCUCACUGAGAAAGAUUGUGUAUUAAAAAGUCACAGGGGUCUGGAUGCGUCUUCAUUUUUGGCACUUUGAUGUUUGCUUUUCAUGAUGAGCUUUAAAAAAAAAAAAAAAAAAAAAUCGUGUUUGCUGAGUAGAAGUAAAUAAAGAAUGGCACCACCUAAGCCAAGAGUAUUCAGCACAUGGAAAACCUUUAAAUGUAACAUUCCCACAGUGACUGACAGGGAGUGGCGUAAUGUUAUCUCGGUUAUAAUUUGUAUGAUUAAGCCAAUUUUUCAGGUCUUGUCAUUUCACAGUGAGGCAAGACUUCAUUUGCUCAACUUAUAAUGUGUUUCACGCUUUUUUUUCCCUAACUGGUAGUGCAAAUCUAAUAACCCUGAAUGCAUUUCACGUUUGAUGCUUUAAAAGCCACAAUUCUGUGCAUAUACUUUAUAUUUUUGUAAUUGUUACUGAUGUUUUUAUAUGUGCAGGAGCGAGACCUCAGUCGUAUUAAAGAGAACAUUUAACAUGCUGAAACAGAAUGAUUGAUAUAUUACUGACUACUGUACACAGCUCCACCAAACUUGUUAAAGUAUUAUCAUAACCAAAUAAAAUUAACUGACUGUG